AUGUCCUUCAAGUUUGCUUACUUCUGCGACUAUCUUGAGCGAUGUGAAGAGAUAACAUGUCACGAUCCUCCUCUGCCCCCGUCAGAACUAAGACCAAGACUCUAUCGUCAACAUGCCACCUGGUUCUCAACGCACCACAAAGUCAUCGACGCCUUGGAUGAACUCGGCACCGCCACAUUGCUAUCAUCCUUUCUCCCACACAGACGAAAGGAUCGCAUCUAUGGCUUACAGUCUACAUCCCUCUUGAAAUUGCUCGGUCGAUGUCUCGGCUUGAGCGCCUCUGCCAGACAAGAGCUUGCGUCAUUUCAGAAUCCUAAUAAUGGUGAUCUUGGAGAUUGCUUGCAGCGCCUUCUGAUGGCUCGUGGUCCGCCAGCUCUCCCUUUCGUCACUCUACAAGACGCAGAUGAUGUGCUGCACGCUCUUGCUGCAGGAAACAGAUUCUCCGCUCAUUCGGUCCGUCAAUCCUUGCUUCCUUCGACAAGCAUUGACACCUCCCUCUCCGAUGUUUUCAUGCGCCUCCACCCUGUCGAAGCCAAAUGGUUGGUACGACUCAUCUUGAAAGAUUUCGCUUCAGUUUCCUUAAACGAAAGGUCAAUCCUGGCCUCUGUUCACUUCUUACUUCCCGAUCUGCUUGGUAUGCAAGACAGCUUCGAGAACGCAUGCGCCGCCUUGAAGACAAACUUCGCUGAUUAUCCGAGUCGUCCGGACCCGCAAUCUAGGAAUAUUCUGAGACAGACUGCCCUUUCAUCAUUCAGACCAACUCCUGGCGUCAAGGUCAGCCGGCCUGAGUACACCAAAGCCAGGUCUAUAAAACAUUGUUUGCAGAUGACUGCUGGGGGAAAGUGGCUGGUGGAAAGGAAAUAUGAUGGUGAAUAUUGUCAGAUACAUGUUGAUCUUACCCGAGGUGAUGAUUGGCUGAGGAUAUAUUCAAAAAGUGGUAGGGAUUCUACAGAAGAUCGUGCAGGUUUGCGGAGCACUAUCAAAAGAUGCCUUCGCAUCGGUAGUGACAAGUGCAGAGUCAAGCGCGCAUGUAUUUUGGUUGGAGAAAUGGUGGUUUUUUCUGAUGUACAAGACAGCGUUCUUGGAUUUGAUGAGAUUCGCAAACACGUUUCCCGUGCUGGCUCAUUUAUCGGUGUUGAAAACGAUCCACCGCGCCAAUCGAGCGAACAUCUGAUGAUCGUAUUGUUUGAUCUUCUGUUGCUUGAUGAUGAAGACAUCUUAUCACGAUCUGUCGAGGAACGCAAAGCUCGACUAAACACGCUCUACAAGAGGGUCCAUGGCCGAGCAGUACCAGCUGAAUCUUGUGUAAUGGACUUUUCACAAGCCACUGCUGAACACAGGCUUAUGAACCACUUUGCGGCAUCGAUCGCGUGUCGUCAUGAGGGUCUGGUCCUCAAGCGCUGUGGUGUUCCCUAUCAUACACACGAUUUUUUCUUGAAUGGCAUCAAGCUCAAGAAAGAUUACAUUGCCGGACUCGGGGACGAAGCCGACUUUGCUGUCGUGGCAGCAUCGUACUCUUCCCAAGAAGCGAAGAAGCAAUCAGGUUUACGCCUCAAGUACACACAUUUCCAUUUGGGGUGCUUGUUGAACAAGAACUUACUGCAUCGAGAUGGUGUCAAGCCUGUGUUCAGGAUCGUGGCGACGAUCGCAUAUGAUCAUUGCAUGUCAAAGGAGAUCUUGGAAAGGGUCAAUAUUGAAGGAGGUAUGCUUGCAGAACCGUACAGUAAGAGAACCUCGACACUUGUUAUCGAAACCGACGGCAUGCUGCGAAUUGGGGACUACUUUCGCGAUCCAUUGGUGUUCGAGGUACUGGGCAGUUCAUACAGUAAACAUACUGGAGGCUUCUUCAUGUUACGACACCCUCGGGUGAAGAAGUUACAUCGAGACCGGACUUGGAGGGAUUGUAUCACAUUUGAUGCACUGCAAUCUGCAGCAACCGAAGCUCUGAGUGCCCCUCACGACUCAGAAACCCAAGAAAACGUUGAUUGG